AUGGACGUCCCCAGCUCAAGGCCUAUUGGCUAUACAUGGCGCUCUUCUAGGUGGUUCAUCAUCAGUACCGUUUCAAUUGCGUUGUUCAUUGAAUUGUUUCUCUAUGGUUUCCUGGUACCCAUGCUGCCGUACCUAUUCGAAGAUCGCCUCCACAAAGAUCCCUCUCAAACCCAACGUUUGACUGCGGGAAUCCUGACCCUUCAUGGCCUCGUCUCUGCCAUUUCCGGUCCCCUAAUUGGACAUUUUGCGGAUAAGAUGCCCAAUAGGCGGACACCGCUGCUUUUAUCUCUUGCGGGGUGUGUCGUGGGAACAAUUCUAGUCGCGUGGUCACCUUCACUUGUUGUACUUCUCCUCGGUCGAGUACUUCAAGGAAUUGCUGGCUCAGCCGUCUGGAUUGUCGGCCUUGCUACCGCAGCAGAUACUGUGCAUGAGAGUGACAUGGGCAAAAUGAUGGGCGUGAUUAUGUCCUUUGCCAGCGCUGGUAUAAUCAGCGGGCCCAUGGUCUCCGAGAAUCCACAGCAUUCGAGCCCUGUUUACUCUGAUAACUCGGAUGAAACAACGACCCUUCUCCCCUCACAGACGCAAAUUGAGCCCCAUGACGCAUCUACCACAUUCGGAUUCUGGAUAUUCCUGCUUCGUGAUAGUCGCGUGCUGACAGCUUUGGCUGUUACGAUUUUGACCACAGCCAUCCUCACCAGCUUCCAUGCCACACUUCCUCUGCACACAGGUGAGGCAUUUGGAUGGACACCAAGAGAUGUUGGGAUAAUGUUCUUCCUCCUCUCUGUCCCCGCUCUCUUCCUCAGUACCCCGGCUGGAUGGCUGCGUGAUUGCAUCGGGGUCCGAUUGCCUAUCACCAUCAGUCUUGCUCUGCAUGCAGUAUUUCAUGUCCUUGUCGGAGUGGCCGGGAAUAAGCAUUUCCCCUGGACAACUUUGCAGCAUCGGGGUCCAGCAUUGUAUAUAUCAUCGAUUAUUUGUCUUGGUGUUCUGCGACCUUUUGUGACUGGUGUUGGGCCUGUGGAAGUGACUGCUUCUGUUCGAGCUUACGAGAAGGAGACUCCGGGUAUCUUUGGACCUCGCGGGGGCCUGUCUUGCGUGUAUGCUAUGACUGAUGUCGCUGCGACCAGCGGGAUGACCAUUGGCCCAGCCAUCUCUGGAUUCCUCCGGGAAAGGUUUGGCUACACUUCCAUGAAUUCGGUUUUCAGGGUUGUUUAUAUUAUCCUCGCCAUUUUUGCUGCGUGUUUUUUACGAUCAAAGUGA